CAUCGGGUAAAAAUGAAGAAAAACUGGAUAAAGUUGACGAAGUUGAGGAAGUGGAGGAAGUGGAGGAAGUGGACGAAGUGGAGGAAGUUAUCGAAGUGCCAUUGACAUUCUCAAAUUAAUCGCCAAGAAAUGAGCACUCUUGGUCAAUCUAUCUAUAAUCACCCAAAUAGCAUCAUGUCCUUUGACUGUGCGUGGUAAAUGGGUAACAAAGUCCAUAGUUAUGCUAUCCCAUUUCCACUCAGGUAUCUCAAGUUGCUGCAAUAGACCUCCAGGUCUCUGAUGCUCUACCUUAGCCUACUUCGUCCACUUCAUCCACUUAGUCCACUUCGUCCACUUCGUCCACUUCCUCCACUUCGUCAACUUCGUCCACUUCCUUCACUUUGUCCACUUCGUCCACUUCGUCAACUUCGUCAACUUCGUCCACUUCCUCCACUUUGUCAACUUCGUCAACUUCAGAGAUAAGAAUGAUGAAUAAAAAAUAAUUUUUGAAUAGUAAAAAUGAAUAGUAAAAGUGAAUAGUAAAAAUGAAUAGUAAAAAAUGAAUAGUAAAAUUUUUUGGCUAUAAAUAGCCAAGGGGGGGAGGCUGAAAAUUUGCACCAAAAUUCUAGAGAAAUUGUGAGAAGUCACUGAAGAUUAAAAUGAAAAAUACGGGUAUUCAAGAGCUUCCAGAAUCGAUCAGUAAUCUUACUGGGCUUGUUUCUAUAGACAUAUCCAGUAAUAAGGAACUUAAGUAUUUACCAAGGAGCGUAUUCAUGUCGCCAAACUUAGAAGAAUUGAUUGUUUCAGAGAACAAUUUUGUAUCUAUCCCUUCGUGCAUCAAGCAAUGUGGUGACUGGACAAGUCUCGAUUUGAAUGGAAGCAAGAAGCUUAAAAAAAUUUCUGAACCCACUAGCUUGAGAAUUCUUGAUGUUCAUCAUUGUUUAGACCUUGAAGAAAUUUCAGAGUUACCGUCUACUGUUCAGAAAGUAGAUGCAAGAUUUUGUUUCAAGUUAACAAAAGAGACAUCAGACAUGCUAUGGUGUCAGGUGAAGAAAGGGGUAGGAGGAAUAGAAAUGGUGAUGCCAUUUUUAACUGAGAUUCCAGAAUGGUUUAACUUUGUGGGGGUGGGAAGGAUUCCUCGUUUCUGGGUUCGUGGCAAGUUCCCUAAGAUUGUUGUAGCGAUGAUCUUCCACUUCCAAAAUGAGAGUCAAAGGGACAGAUAUGAUGGUCGUGGCCUUGUUGAUCUGCGUUUACUAAUCAACGGGCGAUAUGCUCCUCGAAAAAGGUAUCGGAACUUUAGAAUUGAGGCAGAGCACAUCUUGUUGUGUGAUGUAGGAGUUUUGUGCAGCGAGAAAGAGUGGGUUGGCAAUGCAGUUAUGGAGCAUGAGUGGAAUCUGGUGCAGGUUUCGUAUGAUGCGACGUCGUCGUUGAUGAUAAGUGGUUGGGGAGCGUUUGUGUUUGAAGAAGGAACGAAUAUGGAAGAUCUCCUGUUCGCCAGUCCCAAUAACUUGAUUUUGAACGGAGAUUCAACCUCUGUCCAUAAGGGAAGUUUGGAGGACGACGAAAACUACGUUGGUCUUCCGGAAGGAAUAGCAUGUGAAUCCUGGUUUGAAGGAAUAAAGGAUGGAAUUGUUGAGGCAUGGAAUAAGUUUCCUUCUAUGGAUGUUGCUAAAAUCUCUGUGGCUGCCUUGAAGAAGAAUUGUAAGAUUGAAUGGACAGUUGAAGGGAUGGAGGAUAUAAUACCCUCGGCUGAAAAUAGGAGGUACAUGAUUGGACUUUACGGUGUACUCAUGGAAGCAAAACUCAGAUUUCCUGAUUUGGACGUGUGGGCAACACUAAAUACUGUGUUAAAGAGGAAAGGCAUAAUUAAAAACGGAGCUUUUGGAACACCCCCAAAACCAGUGAUGACAAUUCCAAGAUGGGAUUGGAGUACAGUGACACUUCCUCCCUCUCACGACCCUCUGAUGCAAAUAUUCAUGAUGAUGAUGAAGCAGCAAAGUCCUUCGGAAUCUGAGCUCAAAACUAAAACCUUCUGGAAGUUGAAGGAGAUCCACCAAAUUCUCCGCAACAAAUUAUCAUAUAUAACUGCUCCCCAGAACUCAGCCAGCUCUUCCAAAAAUCAAUAUGACGAACUGAUUCAGAAAUUCAACAGGCAACAUGAUGCGUUUGUUGGGAAGAGACUAGGCAACCUUUAUCGUGUGGCAAAGUAUAGGGAUAGUGUUGUUUUGAAAGAAAGAGCUGAAGCAUUAGAGAGGCUAUUCAAUACUAUGGUAUGGCGCCAAAAAUCAGAGGAGUUUGGAGAUGUAAUGACUGCGAUGUUCUUGAAUGGACUCAGGGAUGGAAUCCUUGAAGCACGGGCCAUCUUACUUGCUCUCCGCACGGACACACUAACUCAUGAACGUGUCACCAAUGAGGCUACUAAUAGUGAAAACAUUGACUAGCAUAUUUGUUUGAGAUUUGUAGCAGGUGUAAAAUGAUGUAAGUUAAAUUGUACUCUAUGUGUGUCAUCUAUUUUUCGGAAGUGUUGUUUCUUUCUGGUAAGGAUAUUCUGUGUCAUCGUAGACAGUAUUGUUUUCUAUGGUAAACAAAUCAAUAUUGGUAAAAAUAAGAAAGGCAAGAUCUAGCUUGCAUUUUACUCCA